AAGCGUAGUAGGUUGUGGAAGAUUGAGGACAUUAAGGAAGUACUGGAAAAAAACAAGGGAUCUGAGGCAAUACAAGCUAUUGUUAUGAAAGAUUAUUGUUAUGGGGAGCCAGAAGUAGAAGUACAUCCUGAAGCCUUUUCAAAGAUGAGUAGCAUCAGGUUAUUUUACUUGACCAACUUGUUCGCGGAGAUAUUUGGUCACUCUUCAAAUCGUAGAUGGUUCAUCUUACCAAGGGGACUGAAAUCUUUAUCUGGUGCAUUAAAAGUUUUUUGAUGGCCAACAUUUCCUUUGGAAGUUCUUCCACUUGAAACUCCAUUGCAUAAAAUUGUUGAGAUUGAAAUGCGUCACAGCAAAAUAAAGCAACUUUGGAAUGACAAACAGUUUAUGACAGAGUUGAAAUUUAUCGACUUGAGAAAUUCUCUCAAUUUUAUGGAAACUCCAGACUUCUCAAGAGUUCCAAAUUUAGAACAUUUACGUCUUAGUGGCUGCAAAUCUCCUGUCAAGGUUCAUCCCUCACUUGGACAGUUGAAAGAACUUAUUGAGGUGUACUUGGAUGGUUGUGAAAAUCUUGAAAUCCUACCAGAAAAAUUAGAAACAAAUUCCUUGAUGAAGUUAGAUCUUAGUGGGUGUGGAAAAGUUGCAGUGCUCCUAGAGUUUGGGAAAGGUAUGAAAAAAUUAUCAUAUCUUGAUCCAAGGAAUACUGCUAUACGUACACUUCCUGUAUCACUUGGAUCCUUAAUGGGUCUUGGAUAUUUAGAUUUACAGUGUUGCGAAAUUCUUAAUCUUGACGAGUUCUUGAAGACUCACAUAACUCGUCAAAUUGCUGGCUUGAAUGUAACGUCAUUAACAGAGUUAUAUUUAAAGUGGUGUGGCAUAAAUGAUGGAUCGAUUCCUGAUGAUUUUCACAGUUUAUCAUCACUCAUUGUAUUGGAUCUAUUAGGUAAUGAUUUUGUUAAUCUACCCAAUGCUUGCUUCUUUGGUCUUUCCCGACUUGUCUUUCUUAACAUGACUAUUUCUUUAUUUCAGUGUCGUGGGCGAACUAAAUAUGUAAUCCCUUAUGAUGAGGAAGAAGAGGCCGCUGUUUGA